GCUGCCAUCAUGCCCUCCUCCCCGCUCCGGGUGGCUGUAGUCUCCAUGAGUAACAUGAACAGGAGCAUGGAAGCCCACCGCAUCCUCAGCAAGAAAGGGUUCAGUGUCAGGUCUUUUGGAGCAGGAGCCCACAUGAGGUUCCCAAGACUGUCUCCCAACCAACCUGUGGUUUAUGAUUUUUCAACCUCAUAUGAGAAGAUGCGAAAGGAUCUUUCUUGUAUAGACGGGAAAUACUACAAAACGAAUGGCGUCUUACAUAUCUUGAAGAGAAAUGAGAGAAUCAAGCCUUACCCAGAAGCAUUUCAAGAGUGCAGAGAUCCCUUCGACGUCAUCUUCACCUGUGGAGAGAGAGCCUAUAACAGGGUGGUGGCAGAUCUGUGUGCCAGAGAUCAGGAGACCUGGCAGCCUGUGCAUGUGAUUAACUUGGACAUCAAAGACACCCUGGAGGAUGCCACCCUUGGCUCUCUGAUCAUCUGUGAGCUCUGCCAAGGUCUCCAGCAGGCGGACGAAGUGGAAAGCAGUGUGGCUGAGCUGCUCCAGGCCGCGAAGGAGAAAACAGGAAGGAGCUUUCUUCAUGCAGUCUGCUUCUACUGA